AAUAUGAAAGACAAUUCAAUAUAAUCAAAUUCAUCAAUUCCAUUUUAGGGUUUAUUUUACUAUCCUUAUGGAAUCUAUUUGUGUCCUGUCCCACUACCUUACAUAAAAACUUGUUAGUAAUUAUAAGAUGAUAGACAAUUCAUGAAUGUAAAGCAAGAAGUUAAAGAAGAGUAUGAAUCAGAACCCAUUUAGGAAGUUUGUAAGAAACAUAUUGUAAAGUUCAGUCCUUAUAUAUACCCAGGUGAAACAAAAAACUACUAUAAGAACAUAGGGAAGAAAUUAUCAACAUUCAUAAUCAAUAGUUUUGAAUAGCCUAUAGUAAAAUAAGACCCAUUUAUCAUCUAAUUUAUAAAAAUCUAGAGCCAAAAUUAUAAUAGGAUGCACUUUUAGAAACUCUUUAAAUCAAAAGUGGCUCUGAAGAUUGCAAGAAAAUUUUUUGGAGAUUUUUAGUGGUGUUCCAAAUUCAUUUAACAAAACAAAACUGAUAUCGAUUUAUACUUUAGACAUAAUAAACAAAUGUAUCAAAGAAAGAAAAGAGACUAAAGCCCUUUCAAAAAAAGGAUUACAGAAUAAAAUAAAUGA